GGAGUGGACAGAUAUCAUGCUUUUAUUCGUGUCGAUGGAUUCUCUACCUCAACCAUGUGUCAUUGCCGGGCACUCACUCAGUACGAAUACAGCUCCCACUGUUACCUUGCCUCACCCCAGGGUAUUCAGGUAUCUUUUGAUCCAGUAUCGUGUCGCUGUCCGGGGACUGAAACAAGGAACAACACCUAAGACAUGGCACAGCAGCCCCAAACCGAACAACAUCGAGUCACUACCAAUCGGUUGGAGUUGGCUGAGAAUGGUUGUAGCGUGUCGUGCCGCGAUUGCCUUGGACGAGACCGGGAGAAUCCCGUCUUUCUGAUCAAAUGGAUGAACCCAUAGGCAGAGAUGGCCUGGCCUUUGGCCAACGCAACGCAAACCCUGGCGGCCAUGAUGAAUCCAUGGUGCGAACCAGCAGGCAACCAAGCCCCCCAGGCGGUGAGACUUG